CGCUACUUCCAAGGUGGAAAGGUGUAUUUAUACCAUAUAUUAUAAUAUUUAUAUACACCUUGGCGACUGCCGACUACACAAUAAUAUUAGUAGAUUACACUUCUGUGCUGUUAUAUUGUAUAUAGGACGUCUUUCGACUAUUAUUAUUAUUAUUAUUCUUAUGUUAUUUUUGCCGCUACGAUAGUUGAGCAACAGGUUGUUUUUACGCGUCGCUUGCGUAUGUGUAGUAGAAAACAUUCUCAUUUCUUGUUCCAAAUCGAUGUGAUGAUGGACGGAAAUAAUAAUUAUUAUUGUUGAAGACGACACACGAUGAGCUUCUCCAGUCAGAUAUUUCGUUCGCCGGAGUACACGAGCUUCAGGUGCAACGUGCCUCUUAAACAAAUCAUAUUGGACGAUACCGGCGCAAAUAAGGGAUGGAGAGUGUACGACACGGGACCUCGUUCAGUUGAGACCCCAUUAGUGUUCUUGCAUGCGGUCAGCGGUCGAGCCGAAGUCUUUUUCAAACAGUUGCUAACGCUCAGUUCAAAAGGCUACCGAGUCAUAUCAGCUGAAAAUCCACCUUAUUGGAGUGUUACUGAAUGGUGUGAAGGAUUCAUGCAACUAUUGGAUCAUAUGGAUAUUAAACAAGUGCAUUUAUUUGGUGCUUCAUUAGGUGGAUUUUUGGCACAAAAGUUUGUGGAGUUUUCUACAAUUGUACAUCAGCCUAGAGUUGUGUCACUAUUUUUAUGCAACUCUUUUACUGAUACAUCAAUAUUCAAAUAUAAAGAUGCUGCUGUUUUGUUCUGGAUUUUGCCUGCAAUGGUGCUCAGAAAAAUGGUGUUAUCUAAUUUUUCAUCGAGGGAAACAUAUUACGAUACACAAAUAAUGGAUUCAAUAGAUUUUAUGGUCGAACUGAUUGAAUCAUUAUCACAGGCUGAUCUAGCAUCUCGUUUAACCAUGAACUGUUUAAAUAGCCGUGUUAAUACAUCACUGAUGAGAGGCUUAAAAAGUGUCACCCUUAUGGAUGUAUUUGAUGAUUACGCCUUAGGGUCACCCAUUAAGGAGAAAAUUUACCAGGAAUAUCCUGAUGCUAAACUGGCUCAACUCAAGUCUGGUGGUAAUUUCCCAUACCUAAGUCGCAGUGAUGAAGUGAAUUUACACUUGCAGAUACAUUUGAGAAAGUAUGAUGGUACUCCUUUCAGUGCAAGUGAUAACAUUCCCAAUACAGAAUAAUUUAAAUAAUGUAUCACCAAAAACUGCUCAAUAUUUAUACAUUAUUACUGACCAACUUGCUUAAUAAAAGUGUGCUAUGAAAAAGUUUGGCCUGUUCAUAAAUACAUAAUAUAUAUAAUUACAUUUAGUGACAGUAAAAUUUUUAGUUUUAUCUAUGUUAUAUUUUUAUAAAAUCAAAACCUCGUUAUUGUUAAAAUUACUCUUAAUAUUAUAUGUGAAACAUUUACUUAAAAAAAAAACCAAGAACCAUAUUUUACAACUUUGGUGCUAACAACCUUUUAGUAAAUACUAAUAUUAUUCAUAAAGUGGAUACAUUGUUCAAAUUUUAAUUCUUAUACAUUAUUUUUUUAUGUACAUAAAUACUCUGUGUUGUCCUAAUUAAAAUCACAAAAGACCGUGAUUAAAUACACAACAUAAUUAUAUUUUAUGCGGCGAUAUUUUUUUAUUUUAAACUUAAUUUGAUGUAGUUUUUCAAUUGUUUUUAUUUAAUAUAAUAUUUAUAUAUUGUUAUACCUUUUUUCUUGAUUAAAACAAAUUGAAUACUCUUACAUACUCCAAGCAUAUGUGGUGAUAUAUUUUAUACUUAAUAUUUUUACUAUUUAUAUAAUAAUUUACUGUGAAUACAAAUCUUGUACCAUUAUUAUUUUGAUACAAUAUAGCCAAUUUAUUUUUGAA